AGAGCUCUUUCCUCUUCGGCUUCUCUGCUCGGAAUGAAUCUUGGAGUGAAGAUGGUGCAGAAGAAGAUGGCGGUUCUAUACCAUUAUCCAUGCCAUGACGGUGUCUUCGCCGCCUUGGCCGCUCAUCUCUAUUUCUCAGCAAAUUCAAUCCCUUCGCUUUUCUUCCCCAACACAGUUUACUCUCCAAUCACAACCAGCCAACUUCCUCUUCAAGAAAUCAGCCAUCUCUUCCUUCUUGAUUUCACAGGACCGCCUGGUUUCGUGCACCAAGUCUCUCCGAAAGUCGACAGUGUGGUGAUCCUCGAUCACCAUAAAACCGCUAUUGAGAGCCUAGGGGAUGUCUCUUUGACUUGCAAGAACGUUACCAAAGUCUUGGAUAUAGGGAGAAGCGGUGCGACCAUUGCGUUUGACUAUUUUACUCAGAAGCUGAUGGAAGAAUCUCGGGGAAAUUGCAGAGAGAUGAAUGAUUUCAAGAGAAUGAGGCGUGUUUUCGAGUACAUUGAAGACGCUGAUAUCUGGAAGUGGAAACUUUCGGAGAGCAAAGCAUUCAACAGCGGGAUCUUGGACUUAGGGAUCGAAUACGAUUUCAAUCAGAACCACUCACUGUUCCAGCAGCUACUUUCAUUGGAUCAUGACAGUGUGAUCAACAGAGGAAAAGAGAGUUUGUCUAGGAAACUAAAGCUGAUUCACCAGGCGCUGGAACUGUCAUACGAGAUUGUUCUUGGAGGUGAUGAAGAGUUUGGGUGUUUGGCUGUAAACGCAGAUGAGAUUGCAGAGCUUAGAAGCGAAUUAGGGAAUCAAUUGGCUGAGAAGAGCAAGAAUCUGAAAUUCCGAGGUAUUGGAGCUGUUGUUUACAGAGUUCCUGAGCUUGGAGAUGAGAACAAGCUGAAAAUAAGUUUAAGGAGUGUUGCAGAAGAAGACACAACACCGGUUUCUCAGAAGUUUGGUGGUGGUGGCCAUAAGAACGCGAGCUCCUUCCUGCUAAGUUCCAUGGAGUUCGAGAAAUGGAAGGUGAAUAGAAACUUAUAGAUUAGGCUAGAGAUGUUUCCUCAAUCAGCUAUUUAGUUCUUUAUGGAAUGUCUAGUUUGGUUCAUGACAUUGCCAAUUUUUGGUACAAGUAGAAGUGUCUAAUCUGGUUUUUGGUUUAAGAGAAAAAUAGUAACCAGUGUAAAAUCAAUUCUACUAUGAAUAAUUCUA